AUGAGCUCUGUGCUCACCCAGUUUCAAAUCAUGGCCAAUAACUCCAGUAAAAGAGAAAUUUCACCAACUUCUAAGCUAAAUAAAAGGUCCAAAUGUGUAACCCUUAUUACUGACGACUUAUUAUCUGACAAUGUCGAACCUUUAACUACUAAACAAUAUGCGUAUUGUACACAAAUGACACUAUCAUCACCAGUUUCUCCAUGUUACAACCCCUCUAUCUCUACGUGCAGUAUGCCAACGGUAAGACUGGUUGACAUACAAGACACUAUACCUACGUGCAUCGAAAAGUCAGCACAGUCUACCAGACAGUAUGUGCUACCAAGGCCUGAAUAUAAAAUUUCAAAAACUAAAGAGUCCAAUGGUCCACCUCAUACACACCAAAAUACUGAUAGAUAUAGUAAUGACAUCCGACAGCUACAAAACUCUCUAUCCGAAAUUAACGGCAAACUUGAGCAAUUAGCACCCCUCACUCAUAUAUGGGGCCUUGAUACAGACAGAAAUCUUGAGCAACUCACUAAAGCUGAGUGUAUUUUGGAGUUUGUGGCUGAAGAAGUGACGAAGAGAGUGAUGUCCUCCUUCAAUGCAGUUGUGUAUAACCUCCCCGACCGCACACACCCAUCUAAGUUAAGGGAUAUUUGCCUUAGAGCAUGCGGUAUGCCGAACGUUAACUGCAAAGUCAUCCGCCUUAGAAAAAAGUCAGACAGAUCGACUUGCCCCCUUUUGUUUAUGUUUGGCUGUUGUAACGAUGCUAAGCAGUUUAUUGAUUUGAGCAAAAAUAUUAGCUCACUAAUUCCAUACAAGAAUAUAAAAGUCACUCCAGACCUUACGCCCUGUCAACGUCGUGUAAGAAGACGCGAAGCGAUAGAAUUGAAUGGGAGUGUUACAGUUAAUAAUCAGCCAGAGACAGUUUGCAACACAGCAAAUAGUUUAAAACACACGAACAAUAAGCAUGACACCACUCCACAUACGGCUGAUCACUCUGUUGAUCUAGAUGAGUCUACAGAUCAGAAACCUUUGGAUAAGAUACGGACCCCAACUGACACCAAAAACCAUAACGACAUGACUAAUCCCAGCUGUUCGUUCAGUAAUGUACUAAAAUGUGAGUCGUGUAACAACACACAUCCAACUAAACCUAUACACUUGAAAAUUUGUCCUCCUAAAGAUAUUCCACAAGUAGACUUGAAUGAACGUAAGUUCAUCUCACAGAGACAACGAAAGACUCCAGCUCUGAAAAUAAAGGGUGGGAAGACAAAACUCAUGAUACCGAAUAGGGAAACACGUAAGAUUGAACCCAACUGCUCUAUAGGUAUCCCAAGAACAGUGAACAGGUUCUCCCCGCUGCUAUCGUAUAACUUGCCUUCAACACCUCCAAGUUGCAAAAAGGGUGGUGGGCUUCAACGUAGCAAGCCUUCUUACACGCAGACUAACGAAAACUACCAGAGAACUGGCCACCCAAAUCACCCCCUGAAGCCUAAAACCAUAAAUAAGAAUGGUAAUAAUAGGUUUCUCACUCCACACCCUACCUACAUUCCCCAGGAUCGCAACUGUAAUUACUCUCAAAAGAAAACUUCUCAUACCCUUUAG